CACACUGAAUUACUGUGACCAACAACCAACGUGUGACGUCACAUUAUGGGCUCGGUCUUAGAUGAAAUCUCAUAAUACGGAGACAUAAACGGGAAACGACGCAUUAUACUGCAAUCGCAUUAAAAAGUGUGUCCAACAAUUCAGUCCCCAUUACGGAGUGUGACAGACGCCAGGAGCAAGGAUGUCAUACGGGAGAACAGACAGCUACCACUCGCAGCCACGAGACUUCAGCAACCUCACCCAGACAUGCAGUGUCAACAUCCAGAAAAUCACACAGAAUACUGGGCAGAUCAAAAACAUGCUGUACCAGAUGGGGACGAGGCAAGAGACCCCAGAGCUGCAGGACAGACUCCAACAGGUACAGCACUACACCAACCAGCUGGCCAAAGAGACCAACAGACACCUGAAAGAUCUGGGCUCCCUGCCUCUCCCUCCCUCGGAACAGAGACAGCAGAAGAUCCAGAAGGACCGGCUGAUGAAUGACUUCUCUGCAGCGCUCAACAACUUCCAGGCAGUCCAGCGACGGGCGGCUGAGAAGGAGAGGGAAUCAGUGGCCAGGGCCCGGGCCGGGUCCCGCCUCAUGCAGGAAGAUGAGGGGAACGUCGAUGAACAACUUGUGACAUUUGAAAAAGAUUAUGAUGACUGGAGUCAGAGUCAGACCCAGCAGCUGGAGGAGCCAGGGGUCACAGAGGAGGACCUGGAGGUCAUCAAGGAGAGAGAGACCAACAUCAGGCAGCUAGAGUCUGACAUCAUGGAUGUAAACCAGAUCUUUAAGGACCUGGCAGUGAUGAUCCACGACCAGGGAGAGAUGAUCGACAGCAUUGAGGCUAACGUGGAGAGUGCAGAGGUCCAUGUAGACAGAGGGACCGGACAGCUCCAAAGGGCCGCCUACUACCAGAAGAAGUCCCGUAAGAGGAUGUGUAUGCUGGCCAUGGUGGUGUCUCUGGUGGUCACCGUCCUGGCUAUCAUCAUCUGGCAGGCCAUCAAAUGAGAGGACAGGAAGAGCACCGGGGAAGGAUUUUAAUGGCACAUCGCAAUGACAGCCUAGAAUGGCUUCCAAUGGAGCGUCUGAGUGAGUGACUGUGUGUGCGGGUGUGCGUGCAUGCUUUCAAGCAAGAUAUAGACAGAGGCGUAAGGAAUAGAUUGUAUAAAUUCUCUUCCCCAUCUGUAUAUAUGAUAUACUAACUGAUCUAACACAGCCCUGCACUUACUUCCAUGUCAGCCAUGCAAAUCAUCUCUGUCAUCAUUACAUACAUUACUGUGUUAGAAUAUGUCUUAUCUAAUGCAAUGCUGCACAAGUUUGUAUGUAUAUAAAUGCCAUGGGUACGGUUUGAUAUGGUUUAUUUUCUGCCUCCCUAUUCUCUUCAUGUUGUAAAUGUCUGAUUCUCUUCCAGAUGUCUUAUAGUCUAUAGUACUACCACAAGGACAUGAUGUAGUUGAGAUAAGGAGGAUUCCUUUGAUAGCACACAAACAACAAACAAAAUGAUGAUGAUGAUUAUUAUUAUGCUCACUUUCAUUAAUAAAAUCAACUGUGCAAAGAGUCCUGACUGUGUCAUGCAGGGCUAUGUACUUUCCACAUGAUGGCGCUGUUAUGCCUGUAUUAUGAGGUCAACGGGUAAGGUGUACAAGCAUCAUGUAGUCUACCAUGCUUUUAUUUAGCUAUUAAACAAGUCAAGAUAUA